UAGGGUCGGAAUUUUGGAGGCCACCUCUGCAACUGGAAGCACUGAAAGCUUCUAUUGCAUCUUCCGACUCCUCCGCUCCGCUGAUCGGUGUGUUAGUGAUAGCCUGUCGAAGAGCGCGCUACUUGGAGAGGGCCCUCACGUCGUUUACUGAGAACCGUCCCGAUG